AUGGAAGCAGGCACCCCCCAAGCCGGAAUUCUAUGGUCCUGCAUUGCACGCAACGACAUUAUCGUGGCCGAAGCUCACGGAAUCCACGAUGAGAGAGUCCAGCACAUUAGCCAAGAAUUGAUGCGAAAAAAGCCAACGCCAGGCUGGGAAUUUUACAACAACAAGUCCUUUUCGGCCCGUCUCAAGGGACUCAAGUUUCACAUUUACGAGCACGUCGAAGACAGUGAAUUUGAAGAUGCUACCGAAUUUCGUAUUUGGGUAGUGGGAGCCGUUUACGAUCCGGCCUUUAUAGAAACCCAACAAGCCAAGUCCUUUAUUGAAAAGAUUGUAGGUAUUUCGCAAGUCUUUCGAGAACACGAUAUGAACUGGCAGAGAGGGUCACAGUAUUGUGCCCAACCCAGUUUUGGACCCAUUUUGGAUCAGCGCAUGCAAGAAGUGAGCUAUUUGGGUAAGGUGGCCAUGGUAGAACAAGAAAUUCAAAGUCUCAAACAGAUCAUGGCCGAGAACAUUGACAUGAUUUUGGAUCGGGGGGAUAAGAUUGAUCGGUUGCAAGAGGAAUCCAAACAAUUGAAUGAAAUGACGGCUGUAUUCAAGAAGAAUUCCAAAAAGCUCAAGAAGAAAAUGAUGUGGCAAAAUGCCAAAUACGGCAUGGUGGUGGGAACAGCUGUCACGGUCGGUGUGGCAGCCGUGACAAUUCCAAUUGUGGCACUUUAG